AUCAAGUUCGUGAUGUUAAAGCGCGGGAAUUCAUUAGUUUCUUCAGUCUCGUUAAACUAUUCACUAAUUCAGUUAGCGCAACAUUUUUAAUCCCUCUUCAAUAAAUAUAUAUAUUUUUUUAAUACGAGUUCAAUAAAAUAUUAUUUGAACAUAUUCUUUUUAACAUAUUUUUUUAUUGUCUCUUAACGAUUUGAUACAACCAGUUUUUGUUUCAUUUCUCGCGAGAUCUCCGUACCGUGAUAAGCUGUGUACACGCGAGAGAGAAAACGCACAGGUGGAACGAAAGUUAUCCAUAGUGUAUACAAUAUAUAUUAACAAAAGUUUUUGCAAUAUAUUUUUCUUUAUUUAUUUAUUUUUUUUAAUUUUAUUAAUUUUUUUUAUUAAUACUUUUUUUUGGCUUUAAGAAUAAUUUUUUUUUUUUAAAUUUAUUUUCUGCAUAUAUAACAAUUUGUCUUUGUGCGAAACAAGAAAGUAUGGAAGUGUUUAGCAACAAGUGCCAGUCGUCAAUGCACGAUUAUCCUUUCGAUAAAGUCAUGAAUGAAACACCCAUCACUAAAGGAUUAACUUUAAAGGAAGUUAUUCAUCAUUUACAUGAUGUUUUUAAAACUGAUAAUGUUAAUAUUGAUAGGGUUAAAGAAAUUAUGUUGGCAUACAGAAGCAAUCCUCAAGAGUGGAAGAAAUACGCCAAAUUUGACAGAUACAGAUAUACCAGAAAUUUAGUUGACGAGGGAAAUGGAAGGUUUAAUCUUAUGGUGCUUUGUUGGGGAGAAGGACAUGGAUCAGCAAUUCAUGAUCAUGCCAACUCUCAUUGUGUCAUGAAAAUUCUUCAAGGAAAAUUAUGUGAGACCAACUACGCAUUUCCUUCUGAAGUAAACGAACAAGAAACCAGUUCUGAAACAUCACAGAAACUUCGUGAAACAGGAAAAAAUACAUUUGAACUUAAUGAAAUUACAUACAUUAACGAUAAUAUUGGACUUCAUCGUGUGGAAAAUCCGAGCACUGUUGAUACAGCAAUUUCCUUACAUUUAUAUUCACCACCUAUUUCCACGUGCAAUAUUUUUAAUAAAGAAACUGGUCAGAGGUCACCUUGUAAGUCAACAUUUUGGUCCAAGUACGGAGAGCACCGUAAUCGGGAAAUUCAAGAAACGAGAGCUCCCGAAGACAAUUAAUUUGCAAAAUAAAAAAAAAUCCAACUCUUACGUUACCAAUUGAUUGAUUAAUACGUUUAAAUUUAAAAAGUAAAUAUAUAAUUCAACUUAAGAUAAUAUAUAUUGGCAAUAAAAUCUGAAGUUUCAUCGUAAAAGAAAACCACCUUAUUUUUUUUGACGAUUUUUACAGAAAUUAUUUGUGAAUCAAGAUGUAAAAUAAUGAUUUUAAUUACCUCACUACUGAAGUAAUUCAACAUUAAUAAUAAUUAUAAUUUGAUGGAAUUUAAUACUUAAUUACUUUUAAAUUACUUAUUUUUUCAAUAUACUUUUCUCCUUAAAUUAUUAUUCAAUAAAAAUAGUUUUAUAUUUUACAGCUAUAUUUGACGCAUAUAUUGUAACAUGUAUAAGAUGAAAAAAAUUACGUUUAGUUUUACCGAUUUAAUUUUAAUUAUUUUUUUUUAAAUUGUAGUUUAAUUGUUUUCAGACAAUAUUGUUGUCAAUGGAAACUAAAUUUAUUUUUUAUUCAUUUACUGUAUACUUCAUAAAAAUCUUAAAUGUACAAAUAAAAACCAAAUAAAUAAUGUAUUAUUCACAAAAAAA